CGUGGCAAUGCAUUGUGUAUAAAAGUUUGUGUCAUUAAAACAUACCUAUUUAAUUUAUUGAAUGUACAAAAAAUAACAAUAGAAUAUGAGGCGUGGUCUUAUCAGUCGCGGUAAUAACCUCAAAGUAAUUUUUGAUAUCCUUGUUUAUCCUGAAAUACCUUUUUUUUUGUACUUUCUAGUCAUAAACAUUUUCAUGCAUAAAUGACACGUCGCGUUGUUCGUCUUCAAGUUUCAAAUGGUUUCAAAAGAAAUAAACAUGGCAAUGAGUUUUCUAGACUCUGGCCCACUCUGCCUGUCAAUAAUUGCUAGGCGACUAACUGUAAACAAAUAAAUUAUUGUCACUUGCUACCAAAGUAUUUAAUUAGGUUAUACUAAGUUAAAACACGCUUAAAUAUGUUAGCAAUACCAGAAAUAGCCACACAGAUAAUUGAUAAAACUCUUGCAAACGUUAAAGAAAAUAAUUCACGGACCAUAUUUCUAGUUGGAAGCAAAUCUGUCGGAAAGACAACACUAAUACAUUCGUUUCUGGAGAAGAGCGACCCUCCACGUGAGACGCUAGUGGUGGAAUAUUCAUUUGGAAGAAAAUCAAAUCAAAAACAGGGUAUCGAUAAAAUUUUGAGCCACAUUUGGGAGUAUGGGGGCAAAUUGGAAACAUUGAAUAAUGUAUUGGAGUCUACACCUAUCCGUGGAAAAUAUUUUCUAUGCGUUAUGAUAGACCUUUGUAAAAUAAAAAACAUUUGGGAAACUUUAGAAACAUGUUUUCAAACUAUCAAAAAGGUAUAUUCAGCGCCGGAAACCUUACCAGAACUGAUAAUAAUUUGCGGGAAAUACGAUAUUUUUAAGAAUUACGAUAGCGAGGUUAAAAAAGUUGUAUGCACCACUUUGCGAAGCUUUGCGUUACUCAAUCAUGCGCACUUAUUGUUCUAUUCGUCGAAAGAACCACAACUCCUGAGGCGUGCCAAGGAUAUGCUAUUCAAUAUUGCUUUUGGAAACGGCAUUCCUAUAAAAGAGAAGAAUACGAACUACACGAAACCUUUAUCUAUACCUAAAGAUUCAGACAGCUGGGAAAGUAUUGGCGUUACGCCUUCAACAAUAGAACAAGUAAAAAUACGGCAUACAUCGCGGAUACCACCGAUUACUGUGAGCAGUGACACAAAUACCGCGGGCGGUGUCCAGAAACACGCUCACCCAGAAGUGGCACUCGACUCUCUGAUAGACCUUAAGUAUAAUGAACUGCGCAAUAUGGAAUCACUUGACAUUUCCAUUGAUUAUCUGUUAUCGAUUAAUAAAUAAGAAAUAACAAACAUUUA